UCAACAUACCCAAGAGACAGUUGUCAUUCCCGUCCAAUUCAUGCGUUCAUGAUACAGGCAUGGAGCCCACACUUCCGCCGCCGCUGCCCACGCCGCGGCAAAUGCUCACGUCCCUCAUAAACUCCCUCUCGUCCAUCCCGCCGCCCGAACCCGCGGACCAACACUCCCCCUCAUCGUCCUCAUCCUCCUCCGCCGCCGAGGACGACAGUGCGCACGAAGCCGCUAACCCCGCCCUGCUUCGCCGCCCCCGCCAAAAAACAGCCGCGGGCGGUGGCGGCGACCUUCUCCUCGGCAGCGCGGGCGUCGCCUACCGGCCGCUCCUGACGACUCUGCACGCCCUGUUCCCCACCAUCCUCCUCGCGGCCCUGGACCUGCUCGACCGCGGCCUGGUGUCGCGGCUCGAGAUGGAGACCACCGACGACGCUACUGACGCCGCCGCUGGCAAGAACGUGGCGUACCACGUCCGCUCCGCCGCCACGGCCCGCCGCCGCCGCAACAACAACAACAACAACAACAACAAGUCAUCGUCGUCGUCGUCCAAGGCCAACGUCCCGGACCCGGCGUACGCGGUGCGCCUUGGCGCCUGGAGCUGCUCGUGCGCCGCCUUUGCCUUCUCUGCCUUUUCCGGGGACGGCGGCGGACGGGAUCCUCGGGACUCGGGCUCGGGCGCGGGCGCGGGCGCUGGCGCGGGCGGCGGCGGGCUGGAGGACGGUGGUGGCGGCUGGGAGUUUGGGGGGCUUAGUAUUGACGGGCGGGAGCAGCAGCUCGGCCACGGGAGCGGCGGCGACGACGACGACGGCGGCGGCGGCCUGGUCGAGGUCCGGGGAGUGCCGUGCUGCAAGCACCUGCUGGCCUGCCUGCUCGCCGACAGAUGGCCAGUCGCGGGACGCUGUGUGGCGGCGAGGUGCGUGUCGAGGGAGGAGCUGGCUGGCAUCAUGGCGGGAAUCUGAGCUAUAGAAGUGCCAUUCACGAGGUCGGUAGGCACCAAGCACAUGCCUGGGCGUUAUUUUUCAAAGCACACUAUCCUGCAGCCGUGCAUCUCUUCGCCAAAGCGGCGAGUAGGUAAUGGGGUAUUGCUGCUCGCUCCAGCUCCUUUACCACUCUCGGCUACGAGGUUCACUAUCUCAUAAUACGCCGGAGCUU